GUUUUGUAGUUAGCAUUUCUCAGGGCGAAUGAUGGAGAAAGAUGGCUUUAGGUGUGUUGAAUGUAACCAAAAAGCAACGGAGUUACAUCGGGAUUACAGUAACGGGAUCCUGAAGAUAACCAUAUGUGAGUCGUGCCAGAAGCCAGUGGACAAAUACAUUGAAUAUGACCCAGUUAUCAUCCUGAUUGAUGCUAUUCUGUGUAAGACGCAGGCGUUCAGACACAUCCUGUUCAACACAAGCUUGAAUAUCCACUGGAAGUUGUGUGUGUUCUGCCUGCUGUGCGAGGCGUACCUCAGGUGGUCUCUGCUUCAUGGCUCCGAGCAGAGCAGUGACCCCGCUGACAUCAUCAGGUACACCAAGGAAUGGGAUUUCUACCACAUGUUUGGAUUGGCCGCUCUCGAGCUGUCAGCGUUCUGCGGCGGCGUGCUGUGGUUCCUUUGGGUGGUGGUUGGACGCCUGCAGGGUGGGACCCUCGAGCCCAGCCUGCUCCUCAGAGCGCUGCUGCUGUCCUGCUACGGCAAGGUCCUCCUCAUCCCCGCUGUCAUCUGGGAGCACGACUACUCUCCGCUCUGCUUCGGCCUCAUCAAGAUGUUUGUGCUCACCUCGAACUCACAGGCGAUCAGAGUGAUCCUGAACAGCAGUAGACGCCUGUCGUUGCUGGCCGUGUGUUUAGGCCUGCUGUCAGAGACGUGCGUCGCUCAGGCCUGUAAAAAGCUUUCAUGGAGCAUCCAGGACAUGUUGACAUUUGAAUGAAUGAGACAUAUGUCUCAGGGAUGAACAAGUGAUUGUGGAAGCUGUGCCAGAGAGAGGCAGUUUUUAAUGAGCCCUCUACACGUGGAGCCGGAGAAGAAGAGGGAUGUUUUGAAGUUUUUGUGUUUUCUUUUUUUUUAUUCUCGAACAGAGACAGAAAGCAACAGAAAAGACACUGUCAUUAUUUAUUAAUACUCUUAUGAAGAAAAAGAUCUUCAUUUUCUAUGAAUAUGGAGGAGGUGGCAGUGGCCCUCUCUUAUUUUCUUUUUUUCGGUUUUAAAGUGGAAAAUGAGCUCAGGAUUCCUGUGAGAUUUUUACUUGAUUUAAUUACUUUAUUAAGACAGACAUCGAGAGAGGAGCUACAGCAUCCCCGGAUCUAACUUGUGCCUUCUAGCAGACUUGAAAUGCUUUUAAAAGACUUAAGUCUGACACCUUCUCUCAUCUAGACAAAGUGACAAAGUUUUUACUUAUGCGCUAUAAGAUUUAGCAAAUGAUUGGGAAUCUUGCAGGGUCACUAUUUGCAAGACUGCAACUUAUUUUCUUUUGAGAUUAUUACCCAUCAUGCUCCUGGUGAAAAACGUUACGCCACAAUACCUUACAUGUCCGCAAAAACGCACAACUGUAGAAAUACAAGAGAAAAUGCAUUGUAUGUCAACAGUAUUCUAAUCUAUUCGGCAUCAAUAGAAUAUUUAAAGAUAAACUGUGUUUGUGUACAAACUUUGCAUUAUGGGUUUUGUCGCCUCGACUCGUCACCAGCCUCGGUUGGAUAGCUGCACUAUUUUAGUGAUCAGGAUGUCAAAAAUGAUGAUUUAUCACUGGAAUAAGUGCUGGUUGGUGGAUCAGAUACAUGAACUAAACACCAACUCUUGUUUGCUCCAAAACGUCACCUGUUUUUCCUCCCCUUCCACAGCACAAGAGAACCGAAACUUGGUCACAUUCUGUCCCCUCCACGAUAACUUUCUAUCCGGUUUGCUGCUUCUGUUUGGUGCCAGGAGAGAGUGCUCCCAUCGGUUGCUGACAAUGUUGUCGUCGUCGAACUUCACUAUUUGCAUGAGCCAAAACUUAAGAUUAAGGAUAAUAUGAAACAUGUUUGAUUUUGUAGGAACAUCAAGACCAAAAAAGCCUGAUUAAGACAAGUCGAACUGAGUUUUAUGACCAAAUUCUAGCAAAACUCUCAUGGUUUUAUUACAACACUGGACAUUUUUCUUCAGCACUAAAAGUGCUUGAAAAGUUUUGCAGCAUAAGGCCUGUCGUCUGUUUCUCAGGGCCAUUCUCUACGAUUGACACAAACACAGACGCUGAGGUUGUGAUUUGGUAAUAACUACUUCUGUGUUUGGACAGGACCCAGAUGACAGUCUUCACAUUCUUUGGCUGAUUGGUGAAAUGCUUAUCUUAACUCACACACAUACAGAAACACACACAGGGUGGAUUGUGGGAGUGAAAUAGGGAUAAGUGGAAAAAUAAAGCAGACUUCCCCCGUUAUUUAUUGCUAUGCUAAAAGUUUAUAUGUGUCAGUGUGAUAGAGGAGGGACAACUGAUAUUAAAGUUCUGGUUUAAGCAGGAUUGGAUUUUUGCUAUAAGAAACCAGUAUUUUGUUUUAGAAUGAAACUAUGAAUUAAAAGUAAUAAAAACCAUAAUGUUUGAACCUAUAAAAUUUCAGAAAAUACUGAGAAAUCAUCUUCAA